UAGCCAGCCCAUGUUUUCUAAGGAGUGUCGGAGGGAGUUAAGAGAGCCGGGUGAGUAAACGGUGCAGCUGUGGAACUUUGCAAGCUAAGAGAGCUUGAAAUCCGAAGCUUUCUUCUAAUUCGUUUCCCAAGGCCAGAGUGAUCACGACAACAAUGCUCUCGAGCUGGGUGAUGUUGCUUACUUGGAUGGUUCACCUGAAAGUGUGUUGCGUAGCGCAGGAUUCGGCCCUGGAAGAAGCCUGGAGAAAUUGGAAGGAGAUCCAUGAGAGAGUAUACACCGAAGAGGAAGAGCCCGCACGGAGAGCCAUAUGGGAGAAGAAUCGGCAGAUGAUUGAGAAGCACAACCGUGAGGCUGAUGAAGGGAAACACUCCUAUUGGCAGGGGCUGAAUGACUUUAGUGAUUGGACCGAUGAAGAAUUUAACCGCAUGGCGGGAGGUUCUCGUCCUGUGAGGGAGGAUCCUGACAAUGCUUUUCAAGGCGUUGGCCAUGCGCCACGAUUUCAGCAGGCACCCAACCCCAAGAAAUGCCACCAGAGAUCUUAUGGCACUUCAAGAAAAGACCAGCUGGCUCUCGCCUACAGAAGAAAACAGAGGAAGCAUCAUUCUGAAAAUUUGGGAAGGCUUUGCCUAAUAUCCAGCAACGGAACCAAGAAACUGUUAGGAAGGAGAUGCGGAUGCGUAAGCCGUUACCGACGCCGUUGCCAAAAAUGUUGUAAGCUGGCUUUCUAGUUAAGACAAGGCUGUGCGACUCAAGAUCGCUUAUAAUAACGUAAGCAGGAUUACAUAGAAUCUAGCAGAUUUCCCGUCUGCCAGGCAAAUAGAUUCCCCCACGUUAGAGCUGUCUCUUGUUUUUUUGCUAUAAUACUUAGUUUCCUAGUACUAUGGCCUUUUGUCCUAUCCUG